GUCAACCAAGGUCCUUGGAAAGCACAACAAAGCACUUGUUCACAGAACCGUCUCUGCGCGUGGGACGGGACGAAAGAGGGAGCCACCACAACUAAAGCAGGUCACUAAUAAACAGGUUCAUUUCGUUGCUGAAUUUCUUUCAACCUCUCUGGUCUACAUCUUGACGGAUACAAAGUAAACUCGCAAAACGACGGCGUUUUCGGUACUGCGUUAAGCGCCAACAACUGUCCGUUUUUUUCUUUUACUUUCAGGUCCCUGCCAUCUUUGAGAGAUGUUUGAGAAGCAGCGUUACGACAGCCCUCCCGUCUACAGUCCUCCAUACAGCCCGGAAUCCAAUGGCUACGGCCCCCCACAAAGCUACCACCCGCCCAGGAGUGAGUUUGACCCAUACCCACCCCCACCGGGCUCCUACUACAUGGAAGAGAAGCCCCAACACUUCUACAAGUGGAUCUCUCCUCCUGGCAUCGUCAAGGCCAUGUUUGGCACAAUCAUAGUGCUCUGUGUGGGGAUCUUUGCCUGUGUGGCCUCCACCCUUGUCUGGGACAUGCAGUACGGGAUGGGGGGGAUGGGCUCCUACGGCGGAGGGAUGGGCUACGGUGGCGGUUAUGGGGGAAUGGGAGGCGGCUAUGGCUCCAGCUACGGCUCUGGCUAUGGAGGAGGCUAUGGAGGAGGCUAUAGUAACUAUGGUAGCUCCUACCCGACACCUUACUCGGCCAAAACAACCAUGAUAGCUAUGGCGGCCAUCAACUUCUUUGUGGCGCUGGGAUUCUUCGUGGCCAGUUUCUCUAAAUCGACCACGUUCAGGAGCAGGAAGUUCUUCCUGGUGGUUCUGGUGGUCAGUGUCAUCAUGGCUGUCAUCCAGGGUAUCAUCACCAUUGUGUACGUCGUAGGGGUGAACCCUAUGGCACAGAGCUCUCAGAACAUGAUGUACAACCCUAUGCUGAUGAUGUGCCAGAAUCUGUACGGAAGCAGCUAUUCUAAUAUGGGUGGAGUGGGGGGUUUCGGCAUGUAUAACCAGUACCUCUAUCACUACUGCUACGUGGACCCACAAGAGGGUGUAGCCAUGGUGUGUGGCUUCCUGGUUACCGCUGCCUUGGUCGUGGCUGCUUUCUUCUCCCACAAAACCAGAGGCAAGAUCUGGCGCUACGGCAAGCCAAACAUCUACUGGGAACAGCCCCCUGAGACGGGAGGACUAGUUUCUGAAGGCAGAGAUGUGAAGGACUGGGUGAACAAUGUAGAGGACGGACAAAGUACUCAGGGUGCACCUACUGUGGUGCUGUCAGAGAAGUCCGUCCCCCUCAACGCCUCAGCCAAUAGCAUCAUCUCCUACCCGACCAAGGCUGACAGCAGGGUGUACACUGGAGACGCCUACAAUGAUGACGUGUAUCCGGAGCAUCUGGCUAUCCUUCCCUCGGACCAGCCCUCCCAGGGGGCAAGUUCCAGCCCCUCUGAGGAGGCAGGUGGGGUCAGGAAGCCCUCUGCCAACAGGGGGAAGAGGCGCCGGCGCAACCCUGAGCUGGAUGAAUCACAGUACGAAACAGAGUACACCACUGGAGGAGAGACAGGCAACGAACUGGACCCAGAGGAGUGGGAGAGCGUCUACCCAGAGAUAACGUCAGACGGCCAGCGUCAGGAGUACAAGAGGGAGUUUGAUGCCGACCUGAGGGAGUACAAACAUCUGUGUGCUGAGAUGGAUGACAUCAGUGACCAGAUGAACAAACUCAGCAGGCAGCUGGACACACUGGACGAGACCUCCGCCCAGUACCAGGUUGUGGCAGAGGAAUAUAAUCGACUGAAAGACCUUAAGCGGACACCAGACUACCAGGCUAAGAAGCUGGAGUGUCGCAAGUUGAGACACAAACUGUUCCAUAUCAAACGUGUGGUCAAGGCCUACGACAAGAGCCUUUCUUAAAGCCAAGCUCUCCCUCCAACCCUAUCCACCCCCUCUGUCAUCAUGACAACACCACACUCCUGGACUAAGAAUAUGCAGAACACUAAGAAUAUGCAGAACACUAAGAAUAUGCAAAGCACUAAGAUUAUGUAGAAUGUUGAAAACCAAAGCUCCCUUCUUGGCAUUUACACACACACACACACACACACACACACACACACACACACACACACACACACACACACACACACACACACACACACACACACACACACACACACACACACACACACACACACACACACACACACACACACACACACACACACACACACACACACACAUUAAUGACAUGGUUAUGUGAUUCCUUCUGCCUCAGUUAAUUUCAGACCAGUUCUCCUCUCUAUGUGGAUUGCUUCACAGACACUAUCGUACACUGUGGGGUUGAAAGACUAUAUGCACAAUACUUCACACGUAACUCACAGCCCGCUAGCACUGCCAUAUUCCUCACUGUGCCUAGUAAGUAACAUUGUUGUACAUGCUUGCCUUGAAACACGGCCGUCUAUCUGACUGAAUGGGUGUGGUUAUAAAAGGUUACUUCAAUGUCGUUUCACCUGAGGUCGUCUGUGAUCGAGGCAUUGGGCCUUUGCUGGUUCCUGUUUUCAUUGUUUAUCUCCACAGAUAAGGCAGCAUGUAGAAAAGGGCGAGUCACAUUGCUGAGUCUGCACCAAACCUACUAGAACAAACCUGUGCUGUGUGCUUCAGGCACUCUACAAAAGAAAGCUAAAAUACCCGCUGUUUUCUCUUAAAAAUGACUGAAUUCCACCUUAUAUUAUGACAGUUGGAGGACCUGCAGUAUGUGAACACUGAGCUGCGUUCGUAAAUUCAUUCUGGUUAUCUACCCGGAUUCCAGAGCACUCUAGUCUUUGUGCCAGAGCGCAAAUAACUGACAUCAGAUGAACAUGACUGGUGUCAGUAAACGUCGGUAAAAAAUAAUGGAAAAAAGCGUAAUGAAAUUGUUGCCAGCAGCACAGUUACAGUCACCAACGCACUAGGGUAUCAUGAAAACAGCAGAACGCACGGCACAACCGUAGUCCUCGGGCCACAGCGUCCAGUGCGCUUCUCUGAACUCUCUGACGAGAGCGAACCGCUCUGAAUGUACGAACUGACAACACCGCACUCUGAACGUAUUCUGGCAUUCCAGAUUGAAUUUACGAACUGACACUGACAACACCGCACUCUGAACGUAUUCUGGCAUUCCAGAUUGAAUUUACGAACUGACACUGACAACACCGCACUCUGAACGUACUCUGGCAUUCCAGAUUGAAUUUACGAACUGACACUGACAACACCGCACUCUGAACGUACUCUGGCAUUCCAGAUUGAAUUUACGAACUGACACUGACAACACCUCACUCUGAACGUACUCUGGCAUUCCAGAUUGAAUUUACGAACUGACACUGACAACACCGCACUCUGAAUUUACUCGGCCAUUACAGAUUGAAUUUAUGAACUAACACUGACAACACCACACUCUGAACGUACUCGGCCAUUACAGAUUGAAUUUAGGAACUGACACUCUGUUGUGUAUUGCCAUGACAACCUCAAUGUUGUGUUUGAGAAAAGGCGGGCUAUGUUUGCAACAUUGUCAGUGAAAUUACUAUUGUACUGUGUCUGCAGAUAAUUUCCAAUAUCACCAUCUAGACUUCUUCUAAAUCUGUCCAUUGUGAUUAACUGUAUAUUUUGUAUAUAUUUUGGAGUUAAACAGGAUUUAAAUGGUGAAGUAUUUACUAAUAACACAGGAUCAAGAGGAACAAAACGCUUUUUGUAUUUGUCCUAUGCAUUCUUCAUGUUAGGAGCCGUCUAUCUGAAUUCCUGCCACGUUCACGCGCCAGUCAGAACUAGGAAACGCUGACAUUUCCGACUUGCUAACUGGUUGAACGCGGCACGGCACGUCUGUAACUUCAACCAGUUAGCAAGUCGGACAUUUGAGUUUCCUAGUUCCGAUUAGUACAUGAACGCGGCAAUAUAGUGACAUUUUGGUCAUUGUGUACUUACUGAAGAGACAAAUUAACUGUUGUCCAGGUUGUUUUCUCAGUGGUCAUUCACAAUGCACUGAUGCUAUGCACAUAUUAAUUAACCAAUGACGGGCAGUAUUUUAUGAACAAUGUUUGUCUCAUCAUGUGCUCUUUAAACACUGUGGGAAGCAUGCAUCAAUGUGGUUAAUGGAUCAAUGAGCUCAACUCAGUUUGGAUUUGAUUUCUCUGCUGUGAUAUAAUGAUUACCUGUUGAUUUAUUAUGUGUUGUCACUGCUCUGCUGAUACACACCUUCUGCAAAGGAAAUGCUUCUCAAUGUCAGUUAGAAAAUUAUUUACAGCUAUUUGGAUUAUUUGUUAUUCAUUUGUAUUUUCUAUGUUUGAAUUGAUGAGUUUUAUGGAGAUCAGAUUUUUGCCCCCCCCCCCCCCCCAUUUAUGAGUCUUUUAUUUUUAUAUGAAUUGAUUUUCUUUCAUGUUACUGUAAAAUCUCUUGUAAAAAGGCAUAAUUUCUAAAAACGUGUUGAUUGCCAUGAAAAAAAAUAAACUUCUGUAAUUCUUUAACGGUAAUGUAACAAAUACAGUAUCCAGGAUCCAUUUCCUUUCUCCUAAUGCCAUCUAAAACCAUACCUGCUGGUCAAGUUACCAGCUUGUUAGACAGCUAAACAUGACUGGACGAGGCUGUUUAUUUUUAAACGAAUAUCUAGCAGCCUGCAAGUACCAGGGGAAACAUUUAAGUUUAGCUCCGGUAAUACAGUAUAUUAUAGCUUUUGAAUGGUUUUCUGCAUGGUAAACUCUGUCUAAUCAGACAUGCUCAUGGUUCUCACCGGUAAGGUGCAAUUAAGCGGUUGCUACCUCACUCUUCAGUAAAGAGGAAAUUCAGCAACUCUUUGAGGACAGCGGGGGAGAAUCUCAAUUGGAUUUUGUUCGACUCCUUGCAACCUCUUCUCUGUUCUCUUCUUGCCUCCUUUUGAAAGAGACUUACAUAUUUUUCAAUUAUCGAUCAGAUUUUCACAACUCAUUUACCAAUCACAUCAUGUCUUGUCUUCCGAUUUUUUUUUCUUCACCUGUAAACCCCUGGUGAAGAGUGAAGACAAAGGCCCCCGAUGCGUUGGUUUUAUCAACUGUUAUCACCUUCCACUUUCCUCAAAGAGUUACUGAGUUACUUCUCCAGUCUCACAGGUGAGGUGAAAUUAUACAAUGUAUCCACUUUGCUGGCGAUGUGUCCUGCUCAAAUAGUUAUACAAUUAUAACAACAUCCGAAAGUGAACCAGACAUGAACCAACAACUUUUACAUCUCUCUUUAGUAGGAAUACGGUACCCUACAGCAGUGGUUCCCAACCAGGGGUACUAGGACCUGAGGGUAACUGGCCGUUCCACAGGGGGUACUAGGACCUGGAGGUACCUGGCCUAUCCACAGGGGGUACUAGGACCUGGAGGUACCUGGCCUAUCCACAGGGGGUACUAGGACCUGGAGGUACCUGGCCUAUCCACAGGGGGUACUAGGACCUGGAGGUACCUGGCCUAUCCACAGGGGGUACUAGGACCUGGAGGUACCUGGCCUAUCCACAGGGGGUACUAGGACCUGGAGGUACCUGGCCUAUCCACAGGGGGUACUAGGACCUGGAGGUACCUGGCCUGUCCACAGGGGGUACUAAUACCUGGCCUAUCCACAUGGGGUACUAGGACCUGGAGGUACCUGGCCUAUCCACAGGGGGUACUAGGACCUGGAGGUACCUGGCCUAUCCACAGGGGGUACUAGGACCUGGAGGUACCUGGCCUAUCCACAUGGGGUACUAGGACCUGGAGGUACCUGGCCUAUCCACAGGGGGUACUAGGACCUGGAGGUACCUGGCCUAUCCACAGGGGGUACUAGGACCUGGGGGUACUUAGCACAGUAACUGAAAAAGGUCUGGAACCAGUCCCCUACAGUAAUGUAGUUCUUGAUAAAGAUCAACAGUGCAGGACUACCUCAUGUUUGCCCAAUAAAGGGGGCUGGGCAGAGAACACAACCAGUGUUCGUCAGACACGGUCACCCUGUUUCUAGACAACUUUGAGGUGUUAUUUCUUACAUUAUUCUUCUACUUAUUUCCUCAGACCGUUUCCAUGUGUGUAUUGUUUAUUUGUAUUGCUAGGUUUUACUGCGCUGUUGAAGCUAGAGACAAAAGCAUUUCACUGCACCUGUGAUAACAUCUGCAAAUCUGUGUACGUGACCAAUAAACUUUAAUUUGAUUUUGA